AUGUGUAUGAAGAGACUGCUCGAGGAGCUGCGCCGCACCGUGUUCUUGCCGAUACACUUCGGCCGGCGACAGGAGCAGCAAGGCUUGGAAAAGAAGCGGAAGCUCAACCCGCUGGAGACUCUGCUCAUGGUCUACACGCAGACCUCCGCGAGGAAGGACGCGAGGCCCGACCGGCAGUACCCCUUCUUCACGGGCUUGCCUCUCAAGCCCUACUUUGAUAGGCCGACGGUACGCACGGAGGAGAUCCCUGGCGUCAUGUGGGCCUUUGAGCAGCCUCAGGAGUUUUUCAAUGUUUCCGUCAACAUCCGCAUGACUGCCGUGCGGCUGGAAGGUGGCGGUCUUUGGGUUCACGCCCCGGUAGCCCCUACCGAGGAGUGUGUGAAUCUCGUGGAGGAACUCGGGGAGGAGGUUCGGUACAUCGUGCUCCCCACUACGGCGUUUGAGCACAAAGUCUACGUCAAGCCAUUCAGCGACAGGUUUCCGCGGGCGCAGGUGUACGCGUGCCCUGGACAGUGGUCUUGGCCCAUCAACCUUCCGCCCAGCUUCAGGGUGGACGGCGUUCUUUGCGAAGGAGAGCGGGCUCCCUGGGAAGACGAGUUCGAGUGUAAGCUUUUCUCUCCCCCAAUAGGCGGGGUGGGCCCUUCCAACGAGGUGGGAGCGUUGAUCCAGAGCGUGCCUUUUCGUGACCGACCACCUGAGGUAUCUAGUGUCUUGUGCCGCUUGGAACGGAAUAACGAGUGUGCCGCAGAACCUCCACCACCACCAACAGGGUGGAUAAUGACAGGAAGUCGCAUGUGCUGCGAGAACGCCAGUAUCAAUUAUGUGGAACCCCGUGUAUCGCGUUAA